AUGUCGCCUUCCACGGCUCUUAGCAAGGUUCCGCCGAGUUUCUUUGGCUUGAACUCCGUGGACCGUGCCGAACCAGGCCCGGUCACCGAGUUUGUCAAGGCCCACCAGGGCCACACGGUCAUUUCCAAAGUUUUAAUCGCCAAUAACGGUAUUGCCGCCGUGAAAGAGAUCAGGUCCGUUCGUAAAUGGGCCUACGAGACGUUUGGCGAUGAACGUGCCGUUCAAUUCGUCGCCAUGGCCACGCCUGAAGAUUUGGCUGCCAACGCUGAGUAUAUCCGUAUGGCCGACCAGUGUGUGGAGGUGCCUGGCGGCACCAACAACAAUAACUACGCCAAUGUCGAGUUGAUUGUGGAGAUUGCCGAACGUACGAAUGUCCAUGCUGUUUGGGCUGGAUGGGGCCAUGCUUCUGAAAACCCGAUUUUGCCGGAGAUGUUGGCUGCUUCGCCUAAGAAGAUCGUGUUUAUUGGUCCUCCUGGCUCUGCUAUGCGUUCUUUGGGUGAUAAAAUUUCUUCCACAAUCGUUGCACAGCACGCUGACGUGCCUUGUAUUCCUUGGUCGGGUACUGGCGUGUCUGACGUUCAGAUCGAUAAAGAGACGAAUCUUGUGUCUGUUUCUGAUGAAGUCUACUCCCAGGGUUGUUGCACAGGCCCUGAAGACGGUUUAGUUAAGGCCCGUAAGAUCGGUUUCCCUGUCAUGAUUAAGGCUUCCGAAGGUGGUGGUGGUAAAGGUAUCCGUAAGGUCGAUAACGAAGACGACUUUGUUUCCUUGUACCAGCAAGCAGCCAAUGAGAUUCCUGGCUCUCCUAUAUUUAUCAUGAAGUUGGCUGGCUCUGCUAGACACUUGGAGGUGCAAUUGUUGGCUGAUCAGUACGGAACCAACAUUUCCCUUUUUGGCCGUGAUUGUUCGGUCCAGAGACGUCACCAGAAGAUUAUCGAAGAAGCUCCAGUCACGAUCGCCAACCAAGAGACUUUCCGCAGCAUGGAGAACGCUGCUGUCAGAUUGGGUAAGCUUGUGGGUUACGUUUCUGCCGGUACUGUUGAGUACUUGUACUCCCACGCUGACGACAAGUUCUACUUUUUGGAAUUGAACCCAAGAUUGCAGGUCGAGCAUCCUACUACUGAGAUGGUUACUGGUGUUAACUUGCCUGCUGCUCAGCUUCAGAUCGCUAUGGGUAUUCCUAUGCACAGAAUCAGAGAUAUCAGAACGUUGUACGGUGCCGACCCUCAUACUUCAUCUGAAAUUGAUUUCGAGUUCAAGUCUGAGUCCGCCUUGACCACCCAGCGCAGACCUAAGCCAAAGGGCCACUGUACCGCUUGUCGUAUCACUUCUGAAGAUCCAGGUGAGGGUUUCAAGCCUUCCGGUGGUAACUUGCAUGAAUUGAACUUCCGUUCUUCCUCCAACGUUUGGGGUUACUUUUCCGUCAGCAACCAGUCUUCGAUUCAUUCCUUUUCUGAUUCCCAGUUCGGUCAUAUUUUCGCUUUUGGUGAGAACCGUCAAGCUUCCCGUAAACACAUGGUUGUCGCUCUUAAAGAAUUGUCUAUUCGUGGUGACUUCAGAACCACCGUGGAGUACUUAAUCAAGUUGUUGGAGACCCCAGACUUCGAGGACAACACCAUCACCACCGGUUGGUUGGACGAGUUGAUCUCCAAGAAGUUGACUGCCGAGAGACCAGACCCUAUUCUCGCCGUUUUGUGUGGUGCCGCUACCAAGGCCUUCAUUGCCUCGAGAGAAGACAGAACAGAAUACACCACCUCUUUGGAGAAGGGUCAGGUUCCUAACAAGUCUUUGUUGAGAACUAUCUUCCCUAUUGAGUUCAUCUAUGAGGGCCACAAGUACAAGUUCACCGCUACUAUGUCUUCCGAAGAUUCGUUCACGCUUUUCUUGAACGGUACUAGAGCUGUUGUCGGUGUUCGUUCGCUUUCUGACGGUGGUUUGUUGUGUUCUAUUGACGGCCAGUCUCACUCCAUCUACUGGAAGGAGGAGCCUUCUGCUACCAGAUUGUCUGUUGACGGUAAGACCUGUUUGUUGGAAGCCGAGAACGACCCUACUCAGUUGAGAACUCCUUCUCCAGGUAAGUUGGUCAAGUACACCGUUGAGUCUGGUGAGCACGUCCUGGCUGGUCAGCCUUACGCUGAGGUUGAGGUUAUGAAGAUGUGUAUGCCUUUGAUUGCUCAGGAGAAUGGUGUCGUUCAGACCAUCAAGCAGCCUGGUUCUACUGUUAACGCUGGUGAUAUCUUGGCUAUUUUGGCUUUGGACGAUCCAUCUAAGGUCAAGCACGCUUUGCCAUACGAAGGUACUUUGCCAGACAUUGGUGAGCCAAGCAUCCAAGGUACUCGUCCAGUACAUAAGUUCAAGAAGUACUCCUCCAUCUUGAGAAACAUUUUGGCCGGUUACGAUAACCAGGUUAUCAUGAACUCCACAUUGAAGAACUUGAUUGAGAUUUUGCGUGACAGGGAAUUGCCUUACUCUGAAUGGGCCAUGCAUUGUUCUGCCUUGCACUCCAGAUUGCCUCCUAAGUUGGACGAAGCCAUGACUGCUCUUUUUGAAAGAUCUCACUCCAGAGGUGCCGAGUUCCCAGCCAAGAACCUUUUGAAGCUUAUGAACAAGGCUGAGAAGGAAAGUGGUGAUUCUCUCUUUGCAUCUGUUGUUGCUCCUUUGGUUGAAGUCGCCACCAGCUACUCCGGUGGCUUGAUUGAGCACGAGUACAGCUUCAUUGCUGAUUUGAUCAAUGAGUACCACACUGUCGAGUCGUUCUUCUCUGGCUCUAGCCACCGUGAAGAGGAUGUCAUUUUGCAACUCAGAGACGAGAACAAGUCUGACUUGAGCAAGGUUCUGACUUACGCUCUUUCCCACUCGCGUGUUUCCGCUAAGAACAACUUGAUCUUGGCUAUCCUUGAUGCUUACCAGCCAAUCUUGCAGCAAUCUGCUACUAUUGCUACUCCUAUCAGAGAGUCUUUGAGAAAGAUUGUCGAACUUGAGUCUCGUGGUACUGCUAAGGUCGCUUUGAAGGCCAGAGAGAUCUUGAUCCAGUGCUCUUUGCCUUCCAUCAAGGAGAGAUCCGACCAGUUGGAACACAUUUUGAGAUCUUCUGUUUUGCAGACUUCCUACGGUGAGGUUUAUGCCAAGUACAGAUCUCCUGCUCUUGAUGUGAUCCGUGAAGUUGUUGACUCCAAGCACACUGUCUUUGAUGUUUUGCUCCAAUUCUUGGUCAACACAGAUGAAUGGGUUGCUAUGGCUGCCGCUGAAGUUUACGUGCGUCGUUCUUACAUCGCCUACUCUUUGGGCCCAAUCACGUACAACUUCCAUGAGCAGGAGAAAUUGCCAAUCAUCCAGUGGGCCUUCCAGUUGCCUUCUCUCUCUUCUCAUGCUGCUUCUUACGCUAGCUUCAAGAAGGAUGACUCCAGCUCUAUGGGCAGAGCUGCCUCUGUUUCCGACUUGUCUUUUGUCGUUGACAACAAGAAGGAAGGUAAGGUCAGAACCGGUGUUUUGGUUCCGGUGAAGCACAUUGACGAUAUGGAUGACAUGCUCCUUGCUGGUCUUGACAAGAUCGAGCCUGCUGAUGCUAUCUCCUUCCAGGCUGGUGCUCAACCUGAGUACAUGAACGUCGUGAACGUUGCAGUUACCAACAUUGACGGUUACGAAACCGAGGAGGAAGUUUUGGAGAAGGUCCACGAGACUAUCGAAGAUAACAGAGAGGAGUUGAAGGCUGCUGCCGUUCGUCGUAUUACCUUCGUCUUUGGUAACAAGGUCGGUACUUACCCUAAGUACUACACUUUCACUGCUCCUGACUACAUCGAGAACAAGGUCAUCAGACACAUUGAGCCUGCUUUGGCCUUCCAGUUGGAGUUGGGAAGAAUGGAGAACUUCGACAUUAAGCCAAUCUUCACCGACAACAGAAACCUUCACGUUUACGAAGCUGUUGGUAAGAACUCUCCUUCCGAUAAGAGAUUCUUCACUCGUGGUAUCAUCAGAACUGGCGUUAUCAGCGAGGACAUUUCCAUCAGUGAGUACUUGAUCGCCGAGUCCAACAGAUUGAUGUCUGAUAUUUUGGAUGCUUUGGAGGUUAUCGACACUUCCAACUCUGACUUGAACCACAUCUUCAUCAACUUCUCUGCCGUUUUCAACGUUACCCCUGAAGAUGUCGAGGCUGCCUUUGGCUCCUUCUUGGAGAGAUUCGGUAGAAGAUUGUGGAGAUUGAGAGUCACUUGUGCUGAAAUCAGAAUCUCCUGUGUUGACCCAGCUUCUGGCCAGCCUUUCCCAUUGAGAGCUAUCAUCAACAACGUCUCUGGUUACGUCGUCAAGUCUGAGUUGUACAUGGAGAUCAAGAACCAGAAGGGCGAGUGGGUGUUCAAGUCCAUGGGCAACCCAGGCUCUAUGCACAUGAGAUCCAUCAACACUCCAUACCCAGCCAAGGAGUCCUUGCAGCCUAAGCGUUACAAGGCCCACAACAUGGGUACGACUUACGUCUACGAUUUCCCAGAGUUGUUCCGUCAAGCCACUAUCUCUCAGUGGAAGAAGCACGUCAAGGAUGCUAAGAUUCCAAGAGACUUCUUCACUUCUGAAGAGUUGAUCAACGACGACAACGGUGGUUUGACUGCUGUUGAGAGAGACCCAGGCUCGAGCAAGAUCGGUAUGGUUGGUUUCAAGGUCAACGUUAAGACCCCAGAGUACCCACACGGACGUCAAUUCGUCAUUGUUGCCAACGAUAUUACUCACAAGAUCGGUUCUUUCGGUCCUGAGGAAGAUGAGUUCUUCAACAAGUGUACUGAGUUGGCACGUUCUUUGGGUAUCCCAAGAAUCUACCUUUCUGCCAACUCUGGUGCCAGAAUUGGUGUUGCCGAGGAGUUGCUUCCAUACUACAAGGUUGCCUGGAACGAAGAGGGCAAGCCAGAGAAGGGUUUCAAGUACUUGUACUUGACUGCUGAAGACAAGGCUGCUCUUGAAGAGAAGGGUAACGCUGCUUCUGUCAACACUGAGAGAGUCGUUGAAAAGGGUGAAGAGCGUUAUGUCAUCAAGACCAUUGUUGGUGCUGAGAACGGUUUGGGUGUCGAGUGUCUUAAGGGCUCUGGUUUGAUCGCCGGUGCCACUUCCAAGGCUUACAAGGAUAUCUUCACUAUUACCUUGGUGACAUGCAGAUCUGUCGGUAUUGGUGCUUAUUUGGUCAGAUUGGGCCAGCGUGCUAUCCAGGUCGAGGGCCAGCCUAUCAUUUUGACUGGUGCUCCUGCUAUCAACAAGUUGUUGGGUAGAGAAGUGUACUCGUCCAACUUGCAACUUGGUGGUACCCAGAUCAUGUACAGAAACGGUGUUUCCCACUUGACUGCUUCUGAUGACUUGGCUGGUGUGGAGAAGAUCAUGGAAUGGAUGUCUUAUAUUCCAGCCAAGAGAAACACUCCAGUUCCAAUCUUGAACAGCACUGACCCAUGGGACAGAGAUGUUGAAUUCGCCCCAGCCCAAAAGGUGCCUUAUGACGUGAGACACAUGAUCUCUGGACGUCAGAACGACGACGGCGAGUUUGAAGCCGGUUUGUUCGAUAAGGACUCUUUCCAGGAGACUUUGUCUGGAUGGGCCAGAGGUGUUGUUGUCGGUAGAGCUCGUCUUGGUGGUAUCCCAAUUGGUGUUAUUGGUGUGGAGACCAGAACUGUUGAUAACUUGGUUCCUGCUGAUCCAGCCAACCCUGAUUCUACCGAGAUGAUGUUCCAGGAAGCUGGUCAGGUGUGGUAUCCAAACUCUGCUUUCAAGACUGCCCAGGCCAUUAACGACUUCAACCACGGUGAGCAGUUGCCAUUGAUGAUCUUGGCCAACUGGAGAGGUUUCUCUGGUGGUCAGCGUGAUAUGUUCAACGAGGUUCUCAAGUACGGUUCUUACAUUGUUGACGCUUUGGUUGACUUCAAGCAGCCAAUCUUCACCUACAUUCCUCCACACGGUGAGUUGAGAGGUGGUUCUUGGGUCGUUGUGGAUCCAACCAUCAACGCUGACAUGAUGGAAAUGUACGCCGAUGUUGAUUCCAGAGCCGGUGUUUUGGAGCCUGAAGGUAUGGUUGGUAUCAAGUACAGAAGAGACAAGUUGUUGGCCACCAUGGAGAGAUUGGACCCUGAGUACCGCGAGUUGAAGACCAAGCUCAACAGCAAGCUCGAGGCUGAUGAACACGCCAAGGUUGCCGCCAAGUUGAGUGCUCGUGAGAAGGUGUUGUUGCCUAUCUACGCCCAGAUUUCCGUCCAGUUCGCCGACUUGCACGACAGAUCAGGAAGAAUGUUGGCCAAGGGUGUUAUCAGAAAAGAGAUUGAAUGGGUCGAUGCUAGAAGAUUCUUCUUCUGGCGUUUGCGCAGAAGAUUGAACGAAGAGUACUUGUUGAAGAUGAUUGGCGAGUCGAUCAAGAACGGCUCCCGUUUGGAGAAGGUGGCUCGUUUGAAGAGUUGGAUGCCUACUGUUGACUUCGAAGACGACGAGGCCGUCAGCACGUUCAUCGAGACCAACCACAGCAAGUUGCAAAAGAGAAUUGACGAGUUGAAGAGCGAACAGAACCGCCACGACUUACAUAAACUCUUUAGAAAGGAUGGUGGUGCCGCCAGCGCCGCCAUCAAGGAUUUCUUGAGCGCCAUGUCGGACUCCGACAGACAGGCGUUGCUCAGAAACCUUUAA